AAACACACUUAAUGUUUCCCGUGUGAAUAGUGAUUAAAAUAAUGUUAUUUAAAUUGAUUAUAGUCCGAAAGGUUAUCUUUCGUUUAAUAAUAAAAAGAUAAUGUCAAUAUUCAAUCUCGACAAUUGAAAAAAAGUAACUAAUAAAACAAAUGAGUAAUUAAUUUUUUUUUACUCACUCUUAGAUUAUUUAAAAAGCUGGAAAAAUGUUAACUGAACAAACUACAGACACAAUGUCUGUGUCAAUAGACUCAGUACCACUUGGUUCUUAUGGUUUUCUUAUUUUUGAUGACGGCCGUACUGUAUUAGUGACAGAACACAAUGAUGAGUCAUCGGAGUGGUUAUCGGCACCUGUGACAUUGAUUCAGUCGAAUGAUGCUCAAUCCAAGUCAUCGAGCAAUUUAUCAGCUAAUUCGUCAAUAGUCCAGUUGAGUUUAGGAAAUUUAAUCCACGCAAACAAUUCCCAGCAAACAUUAAUUCAAAACCAGACAAACGUUCCGAUUCAUGUUGACUUGAAUGAAGGAACAGACGCUGAAUUCAUUCCAAAGCAGCCUGAUAAGGCUAAAGUAAUAGAGUCUACUGGUAGUUUUUUUAAUAACAAUGGAUUUAGUGAGAAUUCUAAAAGAUUUAUACCCAUUUUAAAUAAAAGUGUUAGUAGGCCACGUGUAGGAAGACCUCGUAAGGAUGCUGUUUCGACAGAAUCACCUAAAAUAAGUAUAAAGUGUGAAAUUUGCGGCGAAGAAUUCACAAAACAAACACUUUAUCGGAAACAUAUGGACCAUCAUGCCGAAGAAAAGCCUCAUCGGUGUCCAAAAUGUCCAGCUUCUUUUAACAUACCUACAAAUUUCACGCUUCACAUGGCGACACAUAAUUUGGGGGAGCCAAAGUGUCCCGAGUGUGGCCGAAAAUUUGCAAGAAUGGCCAGUCUCAAGUCUCAUUUGGCGUUACACGAGAAGGAAGAACACCUUUUUUGUAAAGAAUGCGAGGACGUAUUUCCAACAAAAACUCAACUGGAAGCACAUUUGAAACUUCACAAUGAAAAAUGGUCAACGGAUGACGUAAAAAAGUGCAAACUCUGCAAUAAGCAAUUUACUCAGCCUGCUCUUUAUCGCAUUCACAUCCGAGAACAUUAUAAAUUGCAGACGAAGAUGGUCAGACAUACAAAAAGAGGUCUGACUAAUAAAAUAAUGUAUAAAUGUAAAAUAUGUUUAAAAAUUUUCCAAAAACCCAGUCAAUUGAUGCGACAUCUCAGAGUACAUACAGGCGAAAAACCUUUUUCGUGUAAUAUUUGCAAUCGAUCAUUUACACAAAAAAGUUCUCUCCAAAUUCAUAAAUGGAAGCAUGUAGGUCUCAGACCGUAUCAUUGUGACCAAUGUAAUUCUAAAUUUAGUCAAAAAGGCAAUUUAAACGCGCAUAUUAAAAGAGUACAUCGUCAACCAGAUGACGAGACGAUUUAUCCGUGUUCCCAAUGUACUUGUGCAUUUAAAAAACUGGGAAGUUUAAGUAUACACGUAAAAAAAGCCCAUGAGAUUCCGAUAGAGUUGUUUAAAAUGAAAUGUGAUAAUUCAGCCUCGGACUUGAGCGAUAAAAAGCCCGCUGAUACAACAAGCAAAAGUGAUAUUUUGCAACAAGCUUUGAAGAUUUCUGGGUUGUCAGAGAAAGGAAAAAAACCUAAUGCUGAUAAAACGGAUUCUCCUAAAAAAGUAGCUAAAGAAGAUGUACAAAGCUCUUUUGUAACUCUAUUGGAUAGAACUGAAGGUUCUUUGAGAUAUGUUACAAUAAAACAACGUAGUGUGGGAAAUACAAAAUGGUACUCGUGUUCGUAUUGUCAUAAAGAGUUCAAAAAACCAUCGGAUUUAAUUCGUCACUUACGAGUGCACACUCAAGAAAAACCUUACAAGUGUUCGUACUGUUGUCGUUCGUUUGCCUUAAAGUCAACGAUGAUCGCUCAUGAACGUACACAUACAGGUACCAAAAAUUACAACUGCGGGACUUGCGAUAAGAAGUUUACUUGUCAUAGCAGUUUGAAGGCUCAUACCAGAACACACACAAAACCCCACAAGUGUAAUUCUUGCGGUAAAUCAUUCAGUACGAGUGCUGUGUUAAAGAGUCACAUGCAGAACCACGCAAAAAAGUCAAAGUUGUCAGCAGAUGCAGAAGCGUUGAUGCCGCAAAUUGUAUUGGAAGAGCCACUGGUGAUAAGUGACGCUGGAGACAAAAUAAGUGUUGCUCAUGUUAAAUCCAAGCAAUCUGGCGACGAUGGUAAAGACAGUGCUGGCAGGCCUCACAAGUGCUGGGUUUGCUCGGCAGCAUUUAGAAAAAUUAGCCACUUAAAGCAGCACUAUCGACGUCACACAGGGGAACGGCCCUUCAAGUGUCCUAAAUGUGAAGGCCGGUUCACCUCCAACAGUGUCCUCAAAGCUCACUUACAAACUCAUGAAGCUUCUAGACCUUACAAUUGCACUGUUUGCAAUGCAAAAUUUUCUACGCAGAGCAGCAUGAAGCGACACUUGGUUACUCACAGCAAUGUUAGGCCCUUCAUGUGCCCUUACUGUCACAAGACCUUUAAAACUACCGUCAAUUGUCGGAAGCACAUGAAAAUUCAUAAAACAGAACUUGCGCAGAAACAGUUGGAAAAACAAAAAGAAAAAUCUGCAGAGACUGUCAUACAUAAUAAAGAACCAAUUCCGACAUUAACAGAGAACUUGACUUUGCCAGAAGAUAUUUCGGAUACUUUCCAGCCAAAUAUGAGUUCUGAUUUCACUCAAGCAUUUAAUGAUCAGUUUACGACUAUAGAUGUUGAUAAAAAUAAGUCGUUUUUGAGUGAUGAUAACCGUACUGAAACGAUAGAAAAUUUACCAGAAGUAACAAACCCCUUAGACUCAACUCAAACAUUACACGCCGACGAAACUGGUACUAUAACACUACCAAAUUACACCGGAGAUCAAACCUUAAGCGCAGAGAGCAUUCGCGAAAUAGAAGAAACAUUAAACCAACAAUUAUUCAACAUCGGCAUGAACCUCGGCCUAGGUACAAAUUUAUCCCGCCAGAUAAGUGAAACAGACGUCCCCCUUGAAUCUCGCUCUCAGCCAAUCCUAAACAUAAUGUACGACUCCUCAAAGCAUCUCGACUCCUCCGAGUCUAUCAACACAAACAUCUUCCCUUCGCACUUCGACACCUUUGACAUGAGCCAAAUAACUCUUCAAGCUACAGAGUUGGACAUCGGAAUAAAUUCCGCAAAUUCCACAAGUAUGGCAAGUAUAUUACCAAAAUCCGCUCAAGAAGCCCAACGUUUAGUCCCAGUAUCUUGCAAUAAAACCGAAAUCACCUCUGAGUCUCGUCAUCUAAAAGACCGCCACCUUAUCGUAAACUCAAUUCAAUCUUACCCAGACUUAACCAAGCCCGUGCAAUCUUGCCCCAAGUAUCCAAAAAUAAUCGCUCAAGCCGACACAACAAACCAAAGUGACCUCUUGGUCAGCAAUUUAAACUGCGAAUCUAAUGAGAAUUCAGUAACAUCCAUGGAAAAUUUUAAUCUAACCUGCAGCUACUGCGACAGACCUUUUAAUUCUUUAGAAGAUUUAAAAUCACAUGUUGAAGGUCACCUCUCUGGAUUUCCAUCCAGCGAUUCUACGACUGACAAUAAUAAUAUUAACAUUGAAGAAAAAGUUCCUGAAAAUAGCAAAGGGGGGUCUUUACAGUGUCACAUGUGUUCAAAAAAAGGCUUUGAAGUAAAUUCAUUAAAAAAACACUUAUUAACUCAUAAAGGAGAGAAAGAAUUUCAGUGUUUAGAAUGUCCGCUAAAAUUUUGCACUAAUGGAGGGCUUAGUCGGCAUUUAAAAAUUCACAAUGGAAAAAAAAUAGAUUCUUGGACGUGCUCAGUGUGUUUUGUGUCAUUUUCUACAGAGAGUCAUUUAAAAAUGCACUCGAGUACUCACAAUAAAUGGAACGUUCAUCAUAUUGAGCCUGAUAGCUCUCAAAAGGAUCCAUUAAAAAUAGAACCGGACUUGCUGAUAAAUAUUGAACCAGAUUCUGCAGCUUCAGUGUCUGAAAAGCUGCUUUUUGAUACAGUAGUAGAGCAGAACUUCCUCAAGAAUUCCAGCAACAACUCCAGUGGCUUGCCGAGUUCCAGCAGCAGCAACAACAGCAACAACAGCAACAACAUCAGCGGCUUGCUAUCAAGUGAGAAGAAAGAAUACGACAAUAAAUGUAAGUACUGUCCAAAAACAUUCAGAAAGCCCAGUGAUUUAAUUAGACACGUAAGAACGCACACAGGCGAGCGGCCGUACCAGUGCGAGCACUGUGACAAAAGUUUUGCGGUGAAAUGCACCCUAGACUGUCACAUUAAAGUGCACACAGGCAAUGAAAAAUUUUCUUGCCACGUUUGCAAUCGCCUGUUUGCUACAAAAGGGAGCUUGAAGGUCCACAUGCGCUUGCACACUGGCUCCAAGCCGUUUAAGUGCUCCUUUUGCGACUUGCAGUUCAGGACCUCCGGGCACCGCAAGGUCCACUUGCUCACUCAUAUGCGCGAUGAUAAAAAUUCGGGGAAGCGUAAGCAAAAGUCGGGGAAAAUUCAGGUGAUUCCGGAGGUUAAAAUCGAGGGAGAGAGAGAGCUUGAAGAGUCUUUGGUGGAUAAUCAGUUUGCUAAUCUUGAUACUAUUACUAUUGACGCGACAGGGUUGGCUGAGCAAUUGACUUUUAAUCCUGAUGGGACUAUUUUGAAUAAUAAUUCAAUGCUUUCGGUUAAUGAGAGCAAUCAGUUGGUUGCUAAUUUACAUUUUUUAAUUGCUAAUGGACUUGUUACUAUUCAAACUGAGGAAAAUAUUUUGCCUCUGGCUAAUAAUUCUAAUGAGGGGAAUAAUGUUAGUAUUAGUGUUAAUAAUAAUAGUAAUGGUGAAAAUCAAGGAGCGAAUCUCGAGGGUAGUAAUUUAGUUAUUGCGCAAGUUAAUAGUCUUAAUUCUAAUUCAGAGCGAUUUAAUGAUUCUUGUAUGACUCUUGUUGAUUCUUCUAAUAAUUCUCCGGUAAUUAUUGGACUUCCUGCGGAAUCUUCUUCACUUUCUGGAGCUACUUCGAUUAUUUCGCAAAAAUUAACCCCGAAAAAUAAUUCUAAUUUAAACAAUAAAAAUUCGAGUAGUAGAGAGUGCGAUAUUUGUGGAAAAAUUUUUGGAAAACCUUGCCAAGUUUUAAGACACAAGCGGAUUCAUACCGGAGAAAAACCUUACAAGUGUGAAUUGUGCUCUAAAUCAUUUGCUCAAAGGUCGACUUUGCAAAUGCACAUGAAGCAUCAUACUGGAGAUCGGCCUUGGGCUUGUCCGCACUGUGAUUACUCGUUCACGCAAAAAGGAAAUCUUCUUACUCAUCUGAAGCGCGUUCAUCAAAUGAUGGAUGAAGUUGAUAAGAAGAAAUUGAAGACUACUCAACAUAUUGUUAGUAAAGUUAUGCAGAGUAAUAUUCACAGCGAUAAUGGAAUUCCGAAUUUAGAUAAUAUUUCGCUGGUUGAAUUGCUAGAGUAAUUAAUAAUAAUUACUUGCAUGUUAUUUACUUAAUUUAAGAUUUUUAUUGUAAAUUUUUUUACGCUUUUGCUUUUCUAUUGAGUCAAAUAUGUUAUUAGAUUUUUUGAGUAAUAAAUAUUAAUUAAUAAUUCAAGUCUUCGAAAUAUUUAUAACGAUCUAUGUAAUUAAAAAAAUUUUUUUCUUUCUUACUUUGGUGAGAAUUAUUAAAGUUAGAGGUGAAUGUGAAGCUUAGAAACUAUGAAAAGCAAUAGACUGAAUUUAAAACCUUUCAAAUGUAAAUAUAAAGCUCUUUUUUAUGCUGUAAUACAUGUGUAUUAAAAAAGAUUUGUGGUUGAUAUGAAAAUAAUUAAGUGUGUUACUUGAUGA